AUGCCCGGCUUUCACCCGGCCCGAAGCACAACUAAUGACGUGGUGCGGCAGGCUAUCAUUCCUUUAUCAGCUCCAAGUCAGAGGUCCGAGCAUGGACAGGCUUAUGCCUGCAAAGUGGGAGAGGAAGAAAGGCAGCCCGCCAGCCGAAUGGUGACGCACAACUGGGACAACAUCUUCAGCCACCUAGUGGCCGCCAUUCUGGCGGAUGCCUUUGAUGUGCCAAGCUAUGGGCCAUUCUUGAUGCAUUUGGAUGAGAAGUUGCCAGCGUUAAGGGAUGAGCUGGCCAAGAGAGGUCAGCUGGACGUGAGUUAUUGGAUUUGCGCUUUCACCGUGAAUCAGCACAGCAGCAUCUGUGGAGGAUUUGGUCCCGCCCCACGGGGCGAUGACUUUGCUGCUUGGGAUCGGAAACGCUAUGAUUCGGUCACGGGAGAAGCGUAUCCGCUCUGCGGCUGUGCUACUCCGAAGUUUUUCAACAAGGAUUGGGACUUGACAGAGCUCAACAAGUUUGAUCCGAUGAUGGAAUGCAUGUCUCUCAGAUACUCUGACAUGAGACAAGUGAUCGCUGUGGAUGAACGUUUGGAUUUGUUCACCCGGGCAUGGUGUAUUGCUGAAAUGCAUAUGGCGCACAAACUCCAGAUCUUGCAAAGGGUCAAGUUGUAUGAUUUGGACAUGCUGGUGGAUACACCUCAUUUUGAACACCUUGACAUUCAAAAGUGCAAGGCUUCCAGGAAGGAGGAUGAAGAUGAGAUUUUGUCCAAAAUCGAGGACAAAGCCAGAUUCAACCACGAAGUCAAAACCCUGCUUUCUGACCCGGUGGAUGGGAUUUUGGUUUCCCCGCUCUGGCACAAAUCUCGUGAGUUGGCCAUGCGCAGCAUCGAAUUGAGCGACAUGUUGAACUUUUUUGGGUCUUUGAGUACCAUGAUGCCCCACUACGAUGCUCGUUUGAGCACCACAUCCGAUGUAGUUCGAGGCGCCAUCAUCCCCAAUUCCGUGGCUUUUCCCAGAUACCGAAGGAGUUUGGAGCGCAGCACUGCGCACAACUCUUGCACCCCACGAUGGCCAGCUUUUGCAUUUUCGACCGUGCUCAAGCCAUGGGGUGCUGCCCCAGCCUGCUGCUUUGUAAGCCAAAACUGGCAGAUGCCAUUUGCCACGGUGCUCGCCCGAAUCACCGCCAAUGCAUUGCAAAGGUCAACGUUUGGCGGAGUCCUCGAGUCGUUGUGCGAAGGUGGUUCCGUGGAGGUACUCGUGGAGGUGGCCAAGAAUGAGGUGGGUUCGUGCGCUUAUUGGCUUGACGCCUUUUGCAUCAACCAGCACACGUCCAUUUGUGGUGGGAACCCCGCUGGAGACAGAGACUCCGUCACAGGCGAACUCUUGGAUGCAAUGCUUUUGGACAUUCCUUUGGAGGGCAUGGUUCAAAGUUAUGAUUCGAGUGGACCACGUUGGGAUUUUCGAACGUUCGACCUGAGCCAGCUGCAAUGCUACCACGGGUUUCUGGUGCCAGGCCAAUGGAACCGCGAUUCUCUUGAGGCGACUUUGCACCGACUUCCAUAUGGAGUAGAGCACUUCAAUGAGUGUAUGGUGUACUAUUGUGCCAAGGCCUCCCACCCCCCUGGACCUGCCAGCCUUUGGCAGCGAUUCUUACACCGCUUGCUGUGCAAACGUCCACCACCCGCCGAGCCCGAGCGGCUGCACGUCCCACCUUCCAGACGGCGGCAGGGAUCGAUCAGAAUGAUGGAGUGGGCUGCACCACCCUGGCUUCAGGAGCAGCGUCAGCGGCAUGGUCGGUACUAA